AUGACUAAACAAGUCACUCAUCUAAAUAGAUACAGCGAAUUUAGAAGUGAUUAUAAUUACCAUAUAGAGAUAUACAAUGCGUUAUAUCAGUUAAAAACGGUAAGCGAAGAAGAAUUAAACUCAAUUUACAAAAAGAUCAAAAACAAACUGAUUGAUUCAAAGAAAUAUUUCCCCAAAUGUAUAAUAAGAGACAUUUUACAGAUAAUUCCUUAUAAUAACCGCUACACAAAGUCAUAUUUGAAACUUGCGAAACUCAUAUCAGAUGAUUAUCAAGUAAUAGAAGUCAAUAAUAUCCCAACUAUUUCUAACUACCUGUUUUACAAAGAAUACGGAAUUAAACUGGAUAAAUCUAGCGAUUUCGGAAAAAUGACUCAAGAUGAUCUAGAUAUUCAUGCAAAGUUUCCACUUUUCAAGUCUAUUAUGGAUAAUGACUUAGGGGUAUUCAUAUCAUUCACAGAAAGAGAAGGAUUUGAUGAAAACAAAAAACUUGUAAGCAAUUUAUAUCCAGAUUCUGGUAAAGGAUAUUCAUUACUUGAAUUAUGCUGUUAUCAUGGAGCAGUUGAUUGUUUCAAGUUCUUAAGAACGAAAUAUGACUCAGAAAUAACUCAAACGUGUUUACAAUUGUCAUUUUAG